AUGGGUGUUGUUCAAUUAUUUUUAAAUUUGCUUUUUAUAUCCGGUUAUAUUUGUAUUCCGAUUGACGAUGAUAACGUAUUAGUCACAGAUAAUGAUUUAGACAACUACAUAGAUGAUGGUGACAUCGAUCUCUCUGAUCUAGAACCACAGGCUUUUGGACUGCCAAAGAACGAAAGUGGAAAUGCUUUGGCAUCAUGGACAGAAUCAUCUUUGAUGAAUCCUGAGGAAAUGGGAGGAUAUGCAGAAGGGGAUAUAUUAAUACCACAGUAUGGUCGUAACGGCAUUCGUGAUCAAGCAGCUCGAUGGCCAAAGGGCCACAUUCCUUACCAAGUUAGCCCAACAUUUAACAAAGAACAGCAAGAAACAAUAAUGCGCGCAAUAGCAGAUUACCACAGACUGACCUGUUUGCGUUUCAUUCCCUACAGCGGUCAAACUGACUACAUCGUGUUUACGAGUGCAAGUACAGGUUGUUGGUCAAGCGUGGGAAAACUUGGUGGUCGCCAAGAAGUAAACCUGCAGACUCCAGGUUGUGUAAGCAAGAAAGGCACAGUUUUGCACGAACUUUUACACGCAAUUGGAUUCAUGCACGAACAAAGCCGUCCUGAUAGAGACAGCCAUAUUAAAAUACAUUAUAACAAUAUUAAAAACGGUGCUGAAAAUAACUUUAAAAUGGCGGAUUCCAAACGUGCACAUGAUUUUGGAGUCUCAUACGACUACAAUAGUGUGAUGCACUAUUCAGAGUAUGCUUUCUCCAAGAACUCUCAGAAGACUAUAGAACCUAAGAUUAAAGGCGUUACUCUUGGACAGCGAGAGGGUUUAAGCAGAGGAGACGUCAAGAAAAUAAACUUUAUGUACAACUGUAAAAAAGAAGAGCCUCAAACUGGAUGGGUAGGGUCGAUAUGGCAAAGCUUAUUCGGCGAUAAAAAAAAUGGAGCA